AUGGCUCGUAUGACACGAUCCGCCACUGCGCGGGAGACAGCGCUGCUUGCUGCUCAGAUGCAGCAGAAAGAGGCCCAGCCAUCCAUAAGAGCCACCACCGCUACAUCUGGCGGUCGACCCAUGAAGCGCAACGGAAUAGUGGGCGAACCUGCCCACAAAAGGCUAAAGACAACCGGCAGAACUACAAGAAUGAAUGAUGCUCAAGAACUUCCUCACAACCUAGUUUCAGCUACUCUGCUAUCCGAGCUGCAAGAUAAGAGCGCUCCGAUCAAGCUAGACACCCGCGACACCACUAUAAAGAAAGAAGAGAUAGAUGCACUUUCCAAUACACUGCAGAACACUGUGGACAAGGCCACAAAAGCGGCCUCGGGGCCUAGAGAAAAAGAGAAGAGAUCCAAAAAGACUAAUACAUAUGGCCUCACGCCUGGAAUUAGCCCAUUCCCAGAUUGGGCGCACCCCACCACUGAUGAAUGUGAAGAAGUCAAUCGGUUGCUCUCGACCGUACAUGGAGAGAUUGUUGCGCCUACCACUAUCCCUGAGCCAUCGCUCACUGUUACCGGCUGUGGCGAGGUUCCCUCGGUCCUUGAUGCUCUCAUUCGCACUUUGCUCAGCGGAGCAACAACGGGCAAUAACUCCGCCAUGGCUUUCAACGGUCUUGUGCAGAGGUUUGGUAUCCUGAAAGAGGGUGUUGGUAAAGGAAGCGUGGAUUGGGAUGCUGUCCGUCGGGCGCCACUCAAAGAUGUCUUUGAAGCCAUCAAGCGUGGCGGCUUAGCAGACGUCAAAAGCAAGAAGAUCAAGGCUAUACUAGACAUGGUCUACGAAGAGAAUCAGCAGCGCAGAGACAUGCUGCUGAAGGGGUCUCAGGACGCGCCGCAGGAUCUGCUUACGAAGUCUGAAGGUGGCAAGCAAUACGAGAUUGCAUGCGCUGACCAGAAUUUCCUAUCCUUGAACCAUCUUCACAGCUUAGCCACAGAGGACGCCAUGGUGGAGUUGGUCAAAUACCCCGGGAUAGGACCGAAGACUGCUGCUUGCGUCUUACUGUUUUGUUUGCAACGCCCUUGCUUUGCGGUCGAUACUCACAUCUUCCGUAUCUGCAAAUGGCUGGGCUGGGUGCCUCCGGACAAAGCCACGGAGAUUACGGCGUUCAGCCAUCUCGAAGUACGCAUCCCUGAUCAUCUGAAGUAUUCCCUUCAUCAGCUCCUCAUCCGUCAUGGUAAGUCUUGCCCACGCUGUCGGGCAAUCACUGGGCAGUCAUCUGCCGGAUGGGAGGAGGGUUGUGUGAUUGACCAUUUGGUGAAACGGACUGGAAAGAGGAAGGGAGGUAGCAUGGCGUCAACAGAGGAAGUCAAACCCAAUGGACGGAAACGCCGUGGUUGA